GUCGGGAAGCUGUGAAUGAACAUUAAUGUGGAAUCUAAUGUGCUUUUCGCGCCGGAUGGUUUUCCUCGGCCAUUUCAUUUCUGCUUCGGAAGCCGGGCACUGAACAAUAUUGGUGGGGUGAUGGCAGGUUUGGCAGGCAGCACAGAUCUCAGCAGAUGGUCUGCUGCACACUGAAGCGACCAAAAUCAGCAAAACAUCAAAGGAUAGACAGGAUGGAUUUCUUUAAUUGGACCGAAGGAGCCUUUGCUACAAACAGCAGCAGUUAUGACUCCUUUGAGACUGCAACACUCCCGCCCAGUAAAAUCCUACUGACAAUAACCCUUUCUAUUGUUGCCGUACUAACUACAUUCUUUAACUGUCUGGUGAUCACAGCUAUUGCUGUUACCCGCAAGCUACAUCACCCAGCCAACUACCUCAUCUGCUCGUUAGCUGUGACUGACCUGUUGGUGGCUGUGCUAGUCAUGCCCUUCAGCAUAAUCUACAUCCAGAAUGAAAAAUGGAUCAUGGGUGAGGUGGUGUGCACCAUUUGGUUGAGCAUAGACAUUGCGUGUUGUACCUGCUCAAUUCUUCAUCUUGCGACAAUUGCCAUUGACCGCUAUAGGGCCAUUACAGAUGCUGUGGAGUAUUCUCGCAAGCGCACAGGAGCCCGGGCUGGUGCCAUGGUGGCAGUAGUGUGGCUAUUGUCCAUUCUCAUUUCACUUCCUCCGCUACUCUGGCGACACUACAGCGAUGACGAAGAGCAUAAGGAUCAAUGCAUCAUCAUCCACCACCACAUGGCUUUUACUCUUUAUUCCACACUUGGAGCAUUUUAUAUUCCUCUGAUACUCAUUCUAAUCCUCUACUACAAAAUCUACAAAGCUGCUCAGACACUUUACAUGCGCAGAGAAGCUAGCAGGGCUAGCCGCCACUCAUGCAUGACCAAUGGGAGCAUGAUUCCUUCAUCCUAUCCUGCUGGAGACAGCGAUGGCGAUGGCGAUGGUGCUCCUCAGAGUCCAGAGCCUGUAAGCCCACCAGAAAAGUCCUUCUCUGAGCCUUCUACUGAGGAAACGCCACGUGAACGGGUGCGAGCCUCCAAAAAAGUUUUUCAAAGCAAGUCACGCAGGCAUGACUCGAGGAGCGAGUCGCGUCGAAGCCAAAUUUACCAAGCGCCCCGAAUUUCAGGUUCACGGGAACGAAAGGCAGCAUCCACACUGGGGUUGAUAAUAGGGGCCUUUGUUAUCUGUUGGCUGCCAUUUUUUGUCAAGGAGGUGAUCGUCAACACAUGUGGUUCAUGCAACACUUCUGUUGAAAUGGCAGAUUUUCUUACGUGGUUGGGCUACCUUAACUCUCUGAUCAACCCCCUCAUCUACACUAUCUUUAAUGAGGACUUUAAGAAAGCUUUCCAAAAACUUAUUAGAUGCAGUCAUUACCUCUGAUGCUUAGUCAUGCAUGAUCAAACUCACACACCAUUCAACAAACAUAUGUAACAAAAAGAGAACAAAAGUAGUGGCUUCAGUCAGAGAAUACUAAUGGAACACUAAAGGUUUUCCUGUUGUAAAACCUUACAACAACAAAAAGGACAUAAACAAGAAAAAAAAAGACUUGAUGUUAACAACUUCAACAAACCAAGUGGCACCCCAUCUCACUGAUGGGUAUUGGUUUAAAGUUCAACACUGAAGUCCAGCCUCUGCUAUUUAUAGAGCAGCCCAAUAUUUCCCUAAUGUUAAUUGGUGUGUGUGAAAGGAUGCUGACAUGUUGGAUUUGAUAUAUAAGGCAAGUGCUGACAUUUCUGAGGUCUGGGUUCUGAGCAUUAGAGAUUAGCCCUAUUUGAAGGUCUAUAAAUAGCUGACCAUCAUGUCUGAUCCAUCUAAUAAAUUCACUUUGGUCAGCUGGACACUGCUGCCUAAAAUGUGUCAUGUGUAAAAUACCACAACCUACCAAGUCAUUGUUUUAUAUGGUCAUGGUAUUAAAGAAAACUUUUUUUCUUAC